AUGCCUGCCGUCCGUUUUUAUCCCCCGCCGUCGCUGGACUCGUUCGGAAUGUGCGAGUAUUGUGGGGCAUCCUCCAUGUACCUCUGGAAAGCAACCACCUGUGAGCAUUACGUAUGCAAGAAGUGCUUACUGAACAAGGAAUCUUCGCAAGCGCCUCCAUGUUCCCGCUGCAACGGAAGUAGCCUCUUGCUCUGUCCUGGUUCAAUAUUUGGCUGCAAGUAUCAGACGGCCAUCCCUCAUAACUGUGUGGACCACCUUCGCACCUGCCCUCGACGCCCGACGCCGUGUCCCAACGAGUGUUCUUCCAUUGUCUCCAACACCGACCUGCCAAAACACUUGACCGAUGAGUGUCUCAAGCGUACGCAGGAGUGCGGUUUCUGCCACGGAAACUAUUUCGUCUCCGAGAUUGGGAGUCACUUUAAGGACUGUCAGGAUUAUCCGGUCACAUGUCAGUACUGCAACCAAGAGAACAUUAGACGCGGCAGCUUAGAGGAACAUGGCGCCGGUUGCCGCAAAACACCGAAACUUUGCAAGAUGGCCGCUUUGGGGUGCACAUUCAAGGCAGGUGAUGACGAAAUGGAACCUCACUUGACGCUCGAGAAACACGCGAUGUGCAUGCAUGAGAUGAAGGUGCAAAUGAACAGCCUGGAAGCGGAAAUCCGCCAUGCGCGUGACGAGUGCAGUCGUGAGAAACAAGAACGACAAAAGGAAGAGGAGAAACACAAGAACGAACUCAAAAUUCGAGACGAGGAGCUCCGGAAGCUUCGGAAGGACUUUGAAGCAUUGCUGCGACAUUUUGGCCCGAGCAGCGAUAAUGCGUGA